AUGAAUUGGUUCAAGCAAACGUUGGCAAACGUCGCCGGCACUCAGGAGCCUGAAUAUGGUCCAUCCGCGAUGCAAUCAGUGGCUGUACAGGCACAAUCAGUGCCCUUUACUGAGUUGUCGAAGGACGAUCUGAGAUGGAAGGCAUUGGAAAGCACUGGCAUCCGAACGACGUGUCAAUUCAAUUCAAAGAUCUUCAACCACGAAGGACCUUUCAAGCAUCUUUGGUGUUCAGACUCGCUGAAUAAUUAUGGCUUUGACGAAGAACAAUAUUGCUUCUAUGCUGACAACCUGGCUGUGGAGCUCAAUUCUAACGGCACUUCCUUUACAAUUAAAUCCGCUGUGAGCGAAGACAGCAUAGUCAAUAUUACUUUGACUCGGGCUGCUCCCGGUUUCCAGAUUGGCAAAGAUGGAACGAGCUACUUCGGAACUGAUCCUUCGCAUCCUUGGGGAUCUAUGAGACACGUUUUUUGGCCUCGAUGCGACGUAGAAGGAAGCAUAAUCACGAAAGAGAAGAAGUACGAUAUGAGAGGAAGAGCUAUGUUUGUUCACGCCUUGCAGGGCAUGAAACCCCAUCACGCAGCUGCUAGGUGGAAUUUCAUUAAUUGUCAGACCCCUACCUACUCGGCCGUGAUGAUGGAAUUCACCACGCCUGCCUCGUAUGGUAACACGGUUGUGAAUGUCAGCGCCUUAGCUAAGGACGACGAGAUCAUAUCAGCAGGAGCUUCGAGUUCGGCGAAGCAUACUGCUACAAACAAAGACAGCGAGAACGACUGGCCUGAGCCUAAGAGUGUGUCUUUCGAAUGGAAUGGUAAGACCAGAGACGGUCGACCAGUCGUUGCCCACGUUACAGGCAGUUUGGGCCCACGUCUGGAUCGAGUCGACGUCUUGGCUCAUAUACCUGGCUUCGUUAAGACCAUUGUUGGUGGUGUUGUAGGGACAAAACCGUUCAUAUAUCAGUAUUGUCCCACGGAUCGAUUACGACUCAAGAUCAAGAUCGGUGACAUAGAAGCCGAGGAAGAGGGCAUACUGUUCUCCGAAGCUACCUUCAUCUCCUAG